AUGGGGCUCUUGGCACUGGGUACCGCCCUAGAAUGGCCCGAGGCCAAGAAGAGGGCUGACCAGGUUAGAUCCUGGGAAUCAAGCAACCCGACGCCGGUCUUUCAUCCGGAGUUUGGUCGAUUUAUGUUGGAAGCAACCCCUGGUCGACCAUGGGGCAUCGACUUUAAGGAACUCCUUCAAGUUGAAGCUGAUAUGAGAUUAAGGUUCAAGUCAAUGUCCCUAUCUUCCGUGACAAGCAUGUCCGAGAAGAUUGGGCAGACAACUGUUGACUACGACCUCCAUAACUGGGCCGAAGAUGACGACGUCCGGAAUGGGGCAGCACCUAAAGGGUUCGUCCAUAUGGAUGCCAUGGCCUUUGGGUUCCUGGUUGACACGGACGUGCGAUGGAACCAGAUCAAUGCACGGCUACGACCUGAGUAUCUCGACCCAGAUCUGGUCGUCGAUGAAGAUAUUAAGAUGCAAUUGAUCGCUGGUGGUAUGGACCACAGACUUGCCACUCAUUUUGCCCACUUAUUCAUUAGGGACCCCAUCGUCAUCUUUGAAGAAGACCUUCAAUCUCUGGACCUGACGAAAACAGACCAUUUCGAGAAUCUCCAGUCAACGAACUGGCAACACAUGAGGUUCAAGCCACCUCCGUCAGAUAAUAGCAUUGGGUGGCGCGUUGAAUUCCGACCAAUGGAAAUUCAAAUCACAGACUUUGAGAAUGCUGCUUUCUCUGUCUUCAUGGUCCUUGUCACCCGUGCCAUCCUCUCUUUCGAUCUAAACUUCUAUAUUCCCAUCAAAAGCGUUCCUCCAACUCGACCAACGACCCCUAUUGGCCCAGUAGAAGACGAGUAUGAGGAAAUGAGUAUCAAUGAGAUCAUGAAUGGGUCGAUAGGGGGCUACCCUGGCCUAAUCCCGAUUGUCGAGAGCUACCUAGACAGCGUCAAUGUUGAUAUUAGGACGCGAUGUGAGCUCGAAACCUACAUCGACCUUGUGCGACGUAGGGCGAGCGGUGAGCUUUACACUGCAGCUCGAUGGAUUAGGGACUUCAUACAGGGCCACAAGGGAUAUAAAGGCGACAGCGUUGUCAACGACGAAGUACAAAAGGAUCUAGUGGCUUCGGUCAUAGCAAUUGGAGCAAAGGAAAUUGCCGGAGAGGGCUUAUCUGCCGCGGGGGUACCCACAUUGACAAAACUUAUCGGAUCGUUCCGGUCAAAGUAA